AUGUCAAGGCAAAUUUCCAUGGAUAUUCCGCGACGAAAGUCGGAAAAACCGCUGUCGGUUAUCAGAAAUUCACGAAAUCGACGAAAGGACGGGGAAAAAAUCAAAUUUCCAAAAAUUCGAAGUUACAGAUUCGUAAAGUCAACAAAAAACACAAAAGCUCCAUUUAUAUCGUGCAUGUGGAGAAAUAUUUAGGAACGGAAAUUCACAACGGAAGAAAAAAAGAGAAGAUUUAAAUUGCGUGGAAUCUCGGACACAGCAAUUCAUCGUCGAGCAAACCUGGAUUCUGAAUCAUCUCUUUUCGUUGUUCGUCAAAAUGACUCAAAACUUGGAUGACGCGCGACUUGCUGCUCGUAGAGCAGUGCAAUUUGACAGUAAUGGUCGAUAUGAGCAAGCCCUGUAUUAUUAUGAUAUCGCUAUUAAACUUCUUACUAUAUUGCAAUCGGAUGGUAUGUACGAAGAUAAGCUUGCGGAGUAUCGUGAGAGGAUUUCAUCGAUUCAACGUCUUGUUCGCGAGGAGGAACAGAGUCAUAAUCCAGAACCUUCACACCAAUCCGAAUUACAGAGAUGUAAAUUUCUCAUGAAUCAAGCGUUAGAUGCGGAUGAAGCAGGUUUGAAGGAUAUUGCAGUAAAAUUGUAUACAGAUGCUGCUGAACUUGGCCUUAGCACAAAAACGGCUGACCCAGAAGUAAAAGCGAAAUUAACAAAUCUUGUUAGAGUCGCUGUUGAACGGGCAGAGACUUUGAAGGGAAUUAAAAAACCUACCGAUGAUAAUAGUGUCAUGAGAAGUCUUGCUCAACUACCAUCCGUACCGGAAAGCAGUUUUCCAGAUGCUGACCAGCCAAUACAGUCAGAACAGCCAGUAAAUGCGUCGUCAACUAGACCAGCAAGGGAUACCAGAUCCUCACUUCAUCGUGGAAACAGUGCGCAUCUUAAAGUAACUGGUGGUAGCACCAAUUAUACUGAAGAAGAAAAACGAGUACUGCUUUACGGCUCUCACAUAAAUGAUAACGAAUUUGUACCAUUUAUGAGUAUCGAUCUUGCUGAAAAAUUUCAAUAUGCCAUCCCAUUUACUGAUAAAGACGGAUUAUUAGAGCUAGCACCAAAGCAAAAGCCCGAUUUCGCUGGAUGGCGCCGACCAGAAGAAUUAUUUUCUGAUCCCAAAAUGGUCAUUGGCCAUCAUGUUGACUACUUCAGCAUAAAACAGACUGUAGUUUCCGAUUGUUCGUUUGUUGCUUCCCUGGCUGUGAGUGCGCAAUAUGAGAAAAAGUUUGGACGGAGACUCAUAACAUCCAUUAUUUAUCCUAAAAAUAAAUCCAAGGAACCCAUAUACAAUCCAUUUGGAAAAUACAUGGUGAAACUACACAUCAAUGGCAUUCCACGUAAAGUAAUAAUAGAUGACCUUCUGCCUGUAAGCCGGUACAACCAAUUACUCUGUUCCUACUCUAGCAAUCGUGGGGAGCUAUGGAUUUCUUUACUCGAGAAGGCUUAUAUGAAAGUAAUGGGUGGUUACGAUUUUCCUGGAUCAAACAGUAAUAUAGAUUUACAUGCCUUAACUGGCUGGAUACCUGAGAGAUCGGCAAUAAGACCAAAUGAAGUAGAUUUUAAUAAGGAUAGUUUAUUUGAUGUAUUACUAUUACGACUUCAUAAGGGAGAUGUGCUAGUCACUGUAGCCACAGGAGAGUUAUCAGAUUUGGACGCAGAACGUACUGGCCUUGUACCAAGUCACGCAUAUGCUGUUCUUGAUGUGAGAAAGAUUAAUGGAGAGAGAUUACUGCAAUUGAAAAAUCCAUGGUCUCAUUUGCGGUGGAGAGGCAAUUAUUCUGAACUUGAUACAAAACAUUGGACUCAGGAUUUGAAGGAAACAUUGAAUUAUGAUCCAGAAUCUGCUUCGGUAUUUGAUAACGGUGUUUUCUGGAUUGAUUACGACAGUAUAUGUCGGUUCUUUGACGUAUUUUAUUUAAAUUGGAAUCCAGGAUUAUUUAAUUACACUUAUUGUGUACAUCAAAUGUGGAAAGCUGGCAUUGGACCUGUGAGAGAUGCAUACAAUAUUGGUGACAAUCCACAAUUCUCAUUAGAAGUACAGAGUAAAGGCUCUGGUGCUAUUUGGAUACUUCUUACAAGGCAUAUUACAGACAUAGCAGAUUUCCGACAAAAUCAAGAAUAUAUCACAGUUUUAAUUUAUCGUAAUGAUGGAAAAAGAGUAUACUAUCCACACGAUCCACCACCGUAUAUCGACGGUGUGAGAAUAAAUAGCCCACAUUACUUGUGUAAAAUCAAACUCGGUGAUCAGAGUGACGCAAAAUAUACUUUGGUCGUAUCUCAAUAUGAGAAAACAAAUACUAUCUAUUACACGCUCCGUGCAUAUGGAACAUGUCCGUUUAUAUUACGGAAAAUACCUCAACUUUAUAAAUAUGAAAAAGAGGUCACAGGUCAAUGGAAGAACGUCACAGCAGGAGGAUGUGGCAAUCAUCCCACUUAUAUGAAUAAUCCACGAUAUCAAAUAGUGCUUGAAAGCGCUAGCAAUAAUAAUUAUUUAUUAAUUAUUUUGAAAGGACCUAAACAGUAUCAAAUUGGCUUUGACAUUAACACCGUUGUACUAAACGAUGCAAAUGCAGCAACUGCUUUUAAAACAAAAAAUUCUGGACCAUUUAGAUCCGGAUUUGUAUAUUUGGAACUGGAAGACGUACCCGCAGGAACGUACCAUAUUAUUCCAUCUACAUACGUACCUGGUCAAGAGGGACCAUUCUUUUUAAUUUGUAAAUCUUCUUGUAACUUGCAGCUACAACUUCUUUAA